AUGAUGGCGAAGAAGAACAUUCUUUUGAUGAUCGCGGAUGAUCUGGGCAAACAACUGGGCUGCUACGGAAACACCAAGAUCCAAACACCUAACCUAGACCAGCUCGCUGCUGAAGGCACCCAGUUCGAUCAAGCUUUCACGAGUACCGCAUCCUGCAGUGCCAGUCGAUCGGUCAUUUAUACUGGUCUUCACACCCACCAGAAUGGACAGUAUGGUCUACACAAUGGACGUCACCAUUUCACCACCUAUGACCAUGUUCAGACUGCGCCAGCGCUAUUCUCUGCGCAUGGCUAUCACACUGGCCUGAUCGGCAAGGUGCACGUUGGUCCUUCUCAAAUCUAUCCCUGGGAUAUGCGUGCCGAGAGCGAUAGUCGCGAUGUUGCUUCUGUUGCGGACCAAGCAGAGGCUUUCUUUGAUAGCUCCAAGUCUAAGGAAAAGCCUUUCUUCUUGACCAUUGGAUUUAUUGAUCCCCACCGCGAUCUUACUCGUUCUGGGUUUGGAAAUACUGAAAAGUACGACCCGCGGGUGAAAAAAGUUGAAUACAAGUCCGAAGAUGUCCAGAUCGAGCCUUUCGUCAACGAUCUUCCUGGUGUACGAUUCGAAUUCUCUGAAUAUUAUCAGUCAAUUUCCCGACUCGAUCAGGGUGUUGGAAUGGUUCUGGACGGACUCAAGAAGAAUGGAAUGAGUGACGACACCCUGAUCAUCUUCAUGAGUGACAACGGUCCUCCCUUCAUCAACUCUAAGACAACCCUCUACGACGCAGGCGUCUGCCUGCCGCUCCUCAUCAAGUGUCCGGGCACCGACUCCGGCGUGGUAAACCCAAACAUGGUCUCCUACGUGGACAUUCUUCCCACGCUCCUCGACUGGGCCAAGCACCCUAGCCCUGAACAUCCCGCUCGCAUAGGCCGCUCUCUACUUCCCAUCCUAUCCAAAUCAUCACAGCUAGACGCCUGGAGCCGCGUAUUCGGCUCGCACACCUUCCACGAAAUCACCAACUACUGGCCAACACGCUUCAUGCGCAAUCGUCGCUUCAAGUAUCACCGCAACAUUGCCUGGAGAUUGGAUUUCCCCUUCGCCGCUGACAUCUACGGCUCUUUGACGUGGGAGGAUAUUCGUAACUCCGAGGCUAGCCCUAAGAUGAUUGGUUCCCGUCCUCUAAAGGAUUACUUCUUCCGCCCUGCUGAGGAGCUGUAUGAUAUCCAGGCAGAUCCUAAUGAAGUCAAGAAUUUGGCUAAAGAUCCUGAGUAUCAGCAUGUUCUGAAUGAUAUGCGGACUGCUACUGAGGUAUGGCAGCGUCGGACUGAGGAUCCUUGGCUGUAUCGUGAUGGUGUCUCUAUGCUGUUGGUGAGACAUCAUCUUGGUGCCGGACUGGAGGUUCCGGACCGGUUUGAUUUCGAUGAGAAUGUUCCUGGGAGCAAGGGCCAGCCGAUUUUUGAUGGUAAGCUUGCUUGGGGUGCAGCGGUUGAGAAUUGA